ACAACAACAACCCCCUCGAGUCUUCGCCCAUCAAUACCAGACGACGACGAGAAACUCACACCCACGUUUCCCAACAUUCGAACUGACUGGUCUUUGACAACUUCAUCAACAUGUCGAGUAACAGAAACUACGACUUCCUAAUCAAGCUCCUGCUGAUCGGGGACUCGGGCGUCGGCAAGUCUUGCUGCCUGCUGCGUUUCAGUGAGGACUCUUUCACCCCUUCCUUCAUCACCACCAUCGGUAUCGACUUUAAGAUUCGGACGAUCGAGCUCGAUGGCAAGCGGGUAAAGCUCCAGAUAUGGGAUACGGCUGGCCAGGAGCGCUUCCGCACUAUUACCACCGCGUAUUAUCGCGGUGCUAUGGGCAUUCUGCUUGUCUACGACGUCACUGACGAGAAGUCAUUCAAUAAUAUUCGCACCUGGUUCGCCAACGUCGAGCAGCACGCUACAGAAGGCGUCAACAAGAUUCUCAUCGGAAACAAGUGUGACUGGGAAGAGAAGCGAGUCGUGUCGACCGAACAGGGACAGCAACUUGCCGAUGAACUCGGCAUCCCCUUCCUCGAGGUGUCUGCCAAGAGCAACAUCAACAUCGACCAGGCCUUCUACUCCCUCGCCGCCGACAUCAAGAAGCGCCUCAUUGACAAUCAGAAGGGUGACCAGGCUGGCGCCGGUACGGGCAGUUCAGGCAUCGCGGUGAACCAACAAAGCGGCGCCGGCGGUCUCGGCGGCAAAUGCUGUUAAAAAAAAAACCCCCAGGAAGAAAAAAAAGGAGGGGGUCAACGACACAGGGUAACAAACAACUUGAGGGGCCACAUGGCAUGGUGCAAGACCAAGGAAGACACAGGCGGACAUAGUGAACACCAAGGCUCUGGUGUCUGCGUUUGCAUUGGGCGUUCUGUAUGUGGCUACGCAUACGGGAUCUCAUGACCGAUUCGAGUGGACGGAUACAGAGGGGUUUCGAGGGAAGAACCCCGGAGUUGCU